AUUGGGUUUUCAUUAUGGAAUCCUCUGGUUUCAUUGGAAUGGAGAUAGACUGCUACUAUCAUGGAAAAUAUAACAACUUCCAUGCACAGUAAGCGCCUAUGGCCUUCAUCCAAAAACUAUUCUGAACUUGUCAAUUUCAAAAGUUUAUCAAACAUUGAUUCAGUUGAACAAAAGAUCUCCUUAUUUCAUAUGAUUUUCAUCAAGUCCCCCUGUUACUUGAUAUUAGGAUUUAGGAAUAUUACAGUCAUUGUUCUGAUUAUUUAUGCUUAUAUUGAGAAGAUUGUGAAAGGAGGUUGUUUCAUUCAACUUUUAAUAAAAAAUGACACUUUCAGCUGGCAAACAUGAACUGCAUUCGAAUCUGGAAUGUCUUAAAAUAAAAAUGCCGCCUCUCGCUUGUUUCUGACCCGACAAGUGCCCUACAAGUAUCACGCUUUGUUGAUCCACUUUGGCCGUGUUAUUUUUUAUAUUUUAAGAGAAAAAUAGUUAUUUUAAGUGUUUUCAUCAUGCCCAGAUGUUUCCUAAGUUCUGUUCGAAAGUAUAGUGAAAGUUUCAUACAAGAAAAGUCUAGUUCCAGUGCUGAAAAUGAUACAAAACCGUUCCGAGUCUCCAAAAUAAAUUUCAAACGGCAGAAGAAUAUUUUGAAAAAUAACGAAACCAUCUACCAUGACAAGGUUCCAAUAUCCACGCGAUUCUAUUUGCAACUGUUGAAGAGGAGCCAGUUCCUGCAACCAUUCAUUGACACUGAACCCUAUGAAUAUGCUUCAGAGAGCGAAAAGGCUGUGAAUUCACCAGAAAACCAUAAAACUCGACAUAUAAAGGAAAUUGUGAAGAAAAAUGAAACCAAGACAUACAACUUGCGGUCUAGCGAAGCAAAAACAGAACGCAAAGUUUUCUACGAAAAGAGAAGGAGAGCACGUAGAAAAAAGUGUGAAAACGAAACGGAAAAUUCCACAAACAACUGUAUUUCCGAACUGAAGCCAAGCACGAAGAGGCUGAACCAUAGAGAACCUUUGGCGCCAAUAAUCGAGGAGAUGAAAAGCCGGGAGCCUCUGAAGCCGGUGAACAAAGGUUCGGAAAUUCACAAAAUUGCUGAGAAACUGAAAAGUUUGAUGAAACUGAAUGAGGUUGAGAAGCUGGAUAGGGAACUGUUGACGUGUACCGAGUCUUUUGAGAAUGAUGAUGUGCACUGCGACGUCGAGAAAGAAGAAUCCCCAACAUUCGUACCACCAGCCCUGGACGACGCUCCCCGCCGCCCGCACAUCUGCAAGUAUUGCGGGAAGACCUUCGACCGGCCGUGGGUGCUGAAGGGACACCUGCGCCUGCACACCGGGGAGAGACCCUUCGGCUGUCAGUGGCACGAUUGUGGAAGGACUUUCGCUGAUCGGUCGAACCUGCGCGCGCACCAGCGCACGCGCGGGCACCACGCGUGGGGCUGGCGCUGCGCGGCGUGCGGCAAGGCCUUCAGCCAGCGCCGCUAUCUGGAGCGCCAUCGCGGGGACGCUUGCAAGAAGUUCAAAUUGCACACUCGCACCUCCGACAAGAAUGGUGGCAAAACUGAAGCUAAGAACAUUCCAAUACCGAUCUACGGCAGCAUCUGCCAGAAAAAUCCCGAAAAAAACACAAAAUGCUACCUAGGUGCUGAAAAAGAUAACGAGAAAAGACUAAAAAUAAAUAACUUUAAUGCUGAUGAAGACAUUACAUACAAAGGUGACUUUAAAGUUGCUGAAGAAAUAGACAAUCCUGGUGCUGGCUACAGAUUUGAUGAUGAUAGACGGAGUUUCAAUCUUGAAUACUCAGAUAUUCCCAUUGACUUGUCUAUGGGUAAGAAAAGAGACUUGGAAGACAAAGAAAAUUUUGUAGAUUUAACAAAUUUACCUUAGUAGAUGUAUUGAAAAUACAUAGUCCGUUAGCACAUUUUAAAAUAUUAUCGUUACCAUCACUAUACAAAGGUGAUUGGCACAUUUUGU